AUGAGCUCCAGCCCGCAGUGGGACGUCCCCAGGGCGUUGGUGGUAGCCAGGCUCUUCUACCUGGUGUGCGGGGUCCGGGAUGCCUGCGUGACCCCGUUCCUGACCCUCUACCUGAGGCAGCUGGGCUUGGCCGCGCCCUGGGUGGGCGUCCUCAUGGGGACCAAGCAUCUGAUCGCAGCUUGCUGGGUUCCUCUCUGCGCCUUCCUGGUCAAACGCUACCAGAAAAGGAGAAUGUUUCUGACAGGCUCGCUGCUGGGCUCGGUGGGAGCUAGUCUCCUGAUGGUCCUCGUCCCACCGGUGGACAGAAAUCUGGGCAACCAUUUUUGUAAUGGGAGCAGUAGAAUGUCCGCCACAGUCCUACCACUGGGGGUCACACGAACGGUGGCCAUCAUCUCUGCUCAAGAUUGGGACCCAAACCACUCAACAGGGCCACCAAGCCUCCCAAGCAGAAGACACACUGGAGCCCUGGAAACUUCUGGCUUCCCAAAUGGAUCUGGCAAAAAUCAACAAGCAACGUUCAGUGAUCUGCAGGACUAUUUAGUGGGCUCUAUUGAAAGAGCCAGGACCACCCACCAAGCUCUCCAUCUUGUCACUUCAGCAGUAAAAGAUAAUUAUUCUAGGGAAGGUGCUUUUGAGGUGGGCUAUGUUACCCUGGGUUUCCUUCCUGUGGUUGUAGCCUUGGGAAGUACAGUCAAUUUGUCCAUGGCCCAGGAAGAUGUGCAGGCUGUUGACCUCUCCUUGAAAGAGCUGCAGUGGACUUUCAUCCUCUCCUUGGGGUUCAUGGUGUUUUGGGAGCUACUGACAGCGCCUCUAGAGCAGGUGGCAGAUGACAGUCUUUAUGAAUACCUGGAUUUUGUGGAUGCCGCUGACCGGAACAAAGGCCUGUGGAUGUGGCGAUUGUUGGGUGUGUCAGCAGGUGUGUGUGGCAUUGCAGCCUUGGUGGAGCAUCUGGAAUGCAUUCUAAUGACCAGUGGCCCUCGGGGUGUGAUGGAUUUCUACAGCUACUCACUGGUCAGUACCCUGGCCUUAGCAGUGAGCAUUGCAUUUCCUGUCCCCAUCUAUCAGCAGCAGGGGUCCAGCUACAAAACCAUCAAAGCACUGUCUUUCAUGAGGGGUGACCCCCGCCUCAUCCUUCUUGCCCUCACUGCCUUUUGGAUAGGAGUCGUUGCCAGCACUGUGCAGAACUUUCUAUUCUGGCUCAUGCAGGACCAUGGCAGUAGCGAGCUCGUGAUGGGUUUCUCAGUGGCUCUCAGCUUGCUAGGAGAAAUUCUGCUUCAUCCAUUUAGAACUUCAAUGCUUAGGAAGCUGUCCAAGGUGGGCGUGGUGGCCCUGGGGCUGGGUUGCCUGGCUGCACAGCUGCUCUACUAUUCUUUCCUUUGGAGCUGGUGGUCUGUCCUCCCUGUUCAGAUCCUGGGUGCCAUCAGCAAUGGGGCUCUGUGGUGGGCUAUGAGGGCCUCCAUAGAGAACCGGGCCACCUCUGGCAUGGACAGAUCUCUGAGCACCAUAUUCCAAGGCCACUUAUAUGAGGGUGGCUGUAGCGUGGGCAGUUUUGUUGGAGGCUUUGUGGUGAUGCGCUUCAGUCUGGCUGUGCUCUACCAAGCCUGCUGCAUGGUCCUGUUGCUCUGGUUGGCCUUGUUCCUAUCCAUCCAGCCCAGACUCCCCCAAGAGCGGAAGACCAACUACUCAAAGCUGCUGGCUAUGGGGGGGAGUGAUACCAGUGACUCUGAGCAGGGGUCAGAGAGGGAUUGGCUUGUCAAGGCCAUGAGGGACGAGCACGUGAACUGGAAGGCUUGAGAGAAGGUCACAGCACACUCACCAGGAAAUGCACUCAUGGAUGGGACAGAACUCCUGCCCUGAACUACGGGGAGACUUAGGGGAGAGGAAACCAUGUCUAUGCAAAGGCACAGCACGAUCAUCUCAUUGUGUGAUUUUCUUUUGUAGUAAAAGGAGAUUUUUUACUUUU